AUGUCACAAAGAGGUAAACGCGGUAAUCAGCAGCAGCUGCAGCAGCAGCAACCGCCGCAACAGCAGCUGCGACAAGAUGUUGAGCCGCAGCCGCCGCCCACAAAGCGACGCAAAGGACGACCGCCCAAUGGUGCGCCGGCAACAGCAGCCGCAGCAGCAGCCGCAGCAGCAGCGUCAACAACUGCAACAGCAGCAGCAGCAGCGUCAACAACUGCAACAGCAACAGUUGCAGCUGCAACAGCAGCAGCAACAGUUGCAGCGCUGGAACAAGCGGAACACGGCCAGGCCAAGUCCACGUCAAAGCUGCCGGGCAAGGCCAAGUCGGCCAGCAAAUGUAAAGCGCAAAGCAACAACAGCAACAAUAGCAACAACAACAGCAACAAUAACAACAACAACAGCAGCAGCAGCAGCACCUGGCAAGCGCGCUCCGUGGCCGAUAUCAAAAUGUCGAGCAUCUACAAUCGCAGCUCCACCGAAGCGCCAGCUGAACUGUAUCGCAAGGAUCUCAUUAGCGCAAUGAAAUUGCCAGACUCAGAGCCGUUGGCCAACUACGAGUAUCUGAUUGUAACCGAUCAAUGGAAACAGGAAUGGGAGAAGGGCGUACAGGUGCCCGUCAAUCCCGAUUCGCUGCCCGAGCCGUGUGUCUAUGUGCUGUCCGAGCCGGUUGUGUCGCCAGCGCAUGACUUUAAACUUCCAAAAAAUCGUUUCCUGCGCAUCACCAAAGACGAACAUUAUUCGCCGGACUUGCAUUGUCUGACGAAUGUAGUUGCACUGGCGGAGAACACAUGUGCCUAUGACAUUGAUCCCAUAGAUGAGGCCUGGCUGCGUCUAUACAAUGGCGAUCGUGCCCUGUGCGGCGCGUUUCCCAUUAACGAAACGCAGUUCGAGCGCGUCAUCGAGGAGCUGGAGGUGCGCUGUUGGGAGCAAAUUCAGGUCAUACUUAAGCAGGAGGAGGGUCUGGGCAUUGAGUUUGAUGAGAACGUUAUAUGUGACGUUUGUCGCUCGCCCGACUCCGAGGAGGCCAACGAAAUGGUAUUCUGUGAUAAUUGCAACAUCUGCGUGCAUCAGGCUUGUUACGGCAUUACAGCGAUUCCAUCAGGCCAAUGGCUAUGUCGCACCUGCUCCAUGGGCAUCAAGCCGGAGUGUGUGCUCUGUCCGAAUAAGGGCGGCGCCAUGAAGUCCAAUAAAUCGGGCAAGCAUUGGGCGCAUGUCUCGUGUGCCCUGUGGAUACCGGAAGUGAGCAUUGGAUGUGUCGAUCGCAUGGAGCCAAUAACAAAAAUCUCAAGCAUUCCGCAAAGUCGCUGGGCACUGAUCUGUGUGCUGUGCCGCGAGCGCGUGGGCAGCUGCAUACAGUGCUCGGUGAAGACCUGCAAGACGGCCUAUCAUGUGACCUGUGCGUUUCAGCAUGGCCUCGAGAUGCGUGCCAUUAUCGAGGAGGGCAACGCCGAGGACGGUGUCAAGCUGCGCUCCUAUUGCCAAAAGCACAGCAUGAGCAAGGGCAAGAAGGAGGGCGCGUCAUCCAGUCAUCACACAGCCGCUUCCAGCUGCAUGCAAAAGCAUAACAACAAGUUCUCGAGCAGUGCGACAGCUGCGGGCGAUGACGCGGGCCACACAACAACGGGCGGCAAGGGCGAAGAUCAUCGCAGGCGCCAAAAGCAUCGCAAAAACGAUAUGACCUCCGAGGAGCGCAAUCAGGCGCGCGCUCUACGUUUGCAGGAGGUUGAGGCGGAGUUUGAUAAGCACGUGAAUAUCAAUGACAUUAGCUGCCAUUUGUUCGAUGUGGAUGAGGAUGCAAUUGAGGCCAUUUACAAUUAUUGGAAACUGAAGCGCAAGUCGCGACACAAUCGCGAACUGAUACCGCCCAAGUCCGAGGAUGUGGAAAUGCUGGCCCGCAAGCAGGAGCAACAGGAUCUGGAGAAUCACAAGCUGGUCGUGCAUUUGCGCCAGGAUCUGGAGCGUGUACGCAAUCUCUGCUACAUGGUCAGCAGGCGCGAGAAGCUCUCCCGCUCGCUGUUCAAGCUGCGCGAACAGGUCUUCUACAAGCAGCUCGGCGUGCUCGAUGAGGCAGUGCAGCAGCAGCAGCACCAGCAGCAUCAGCUGGGCCCAACGGAGCAGCAGCAGCAGCAGCCACAGCGACCCGCCCUGGACACGGAUGCCAUUAUCUAUGCGAACGAUGGGCCAACGCUGUACGAUAGCUUCUACAGCUCAACGGAUCAGCUAACUGUGCCGGCGCAGUAUAAGAGCUUGGAUUAUAUACUGGAGCAGCUGAUGGGCAAGAAGCAGGCACGUGGACGCGCCUCGCAGUCGCCCAACAAGCGCAAGCAGGCUGCCGCGCUCAAGUCUUCGCCCAAAAAGAAGCUCAACAAUGGUGCAAUAACAACAAAUACAACAACAACAACAACAGCGACAGCAACAACAAUGGGCCAAAAGGCCCCCAACAACACCAAGCCACGUGGCUCGCCAAGGGCGCCAACAACAACGGCGUCCACGGCGAUGCCGUGUGCGGGGAGGCGUGCCUCGAAGAGCGGCCCGGCAACGACGGCGACGUCGAGCCAACAGCAUAAAUCACAUAAAUCCACAACGGCUGCGUCCGCCCCAACGUCUAGCGGCAGCUCAUCAUCGGCUGAUUCCAGCUCGCCGCGCGGCAGCAGCGCCAGCAGCAGCGCCAGCGCCAGCAGCAGCAGCUCCUCCGAUUCCGGCAGCGCCAGCGGCAGCGGCAGUGGCAGUGAUUCCGGCAGCGAUAGCCGCGGCUACCGCAACAAAUCUCAGCCAGCUGCAACGGGAGCGGGAACUGCAGUCAGAAAGCAAUCCUAUGCGCGCAGCGUCGAGCAGCGGCAGAGGCAGCGACAGCGGCGUCAAAGUGAGGCGGCUGCUGCGUGUGCGUCUGCAGCGUCUGCGGAUGCGCGGACCAGCUGCAGCAGUUCCUCCAGCGACGAUGACGACGACCGUGCGAGAGCACGGGCCAGGGCCAGGGAAAGGGAAAGGGAGCGAGAACGGGAGCGGGAGCGUGUCAAGCGUGUCCACAAGUCAACAGCAACAGUACCUGCCAAAAGCCAAGCAACUAAGUCAAAGCACAGCGGAGGAGCGGCAACGGGAGCCGGCGCGGGAGCAAGUGCAGCGCGCAGAAAACAAGCGGCCAGUGGAGCCAAUGGUGGAGCCAGUGCAGCGCCGACAGCGACGCGUGGCCUUGCUCAGAUGGACAAGGAGAUGCGGCAGCAGGACGCGGGCAGCAUGUCCAGCGAUGAAAGUGAGGAGCUGCUGCCUGUAAAGCUCGCCGAGCGACAGGCGGCACAUCGGAACACAACAACAACAAACAGCCGGAACACAAGCGCCACGGCAGGCAAUGCUGCGACAGCUGCGACGGCUGCGACGACGGCGACGUCGGCCAUGCGCAAGAUGGGACAGCACAUCUACUCCGACUCGGACAGCGAGUCCACGUCAACGACGCCGGAGCGCGACGCGGCCGAGGAGCAGCGGCGCACGGAGGCCGAGGCGGAGCAGGCGGCGGCGGAGAGCAAUGUGAGCGAUUCGCAAAAUCAGCAGACAAUACGCACCAAGGCGGCCAUGAAGGAGUUCGUGCCGGGCACAACACCAGCUGCGGCGACUGCGACGGCGACGGCGACUGCAGCAACAAAUAAAUCCAAAGCCAACGUCAAGUCGAACAGUAGCAAAAGCAGCGCCGCGCCCGUCUUUCCGGCCGUGGAUCUGCUCGUCGUGCCGCAACGGCAGGCGGCCAAAAAGGCAUCCGAGAACAUGCGCAACUCCACGAAUCUCGCAGCAGCGCUGCUGCCGGAUGCCAGCGAGCGGUUGCGCGAGCCCGAUCCAAGUCCAGCCAAUGCGGCAGCCAGCGGCAGCAGCAAAGCAAAGGAUGAAGCGGAAAAGUCGCGGCCCAAGGAGCUGCCCAAGGCGGCUGCCAAAACGACGGGCGAGACCAGAGCGGAGCGCGGCAAGCGCGGGCGACCGCCCAAGCAGCAGAAAGAGAAGGAGAAGGAGCGGGAGAAGGAGCGUGAAAAGGAGCGGGAGAAGGAAAAGGAGAAAGAGCAGGAGAAGGAGCGAGAGCGGGAAAAGGCAAAGGAGAAGGAGAAGGAGAAGCCAACGCCCGCCGCCGCCGCCGCCACGCCCAAAAACAACGAGCUGGCCAAACUGGGCAACUUUGCCGUCUCAUAUGUGCCCCAGCGACAGGCAGCCAAAAAGGCCGCCGAGCAGCUAAAGAGCAGCGGCGCAGCCCUGGCCAAAGCCACACAGGAAACCGUUGCCAGUGAGGAUGCCGCAGCGGGAGUCGCAGCCGGAGCAGCAGCUGGAACGAGCGCAGCCACGACGACGACGACGCCGCCAAGCAGAGCAGCUGCAGCCACCACCACGACGACGCCGCCAAGCAGAGCAGCUGCAGCCACCACCACGACGACGACGACGACGCCCCCGAGCAGAGCAGCUGCAUCCAAGCAACAGCAGCAGCAGACGACGCCUUUGCGACGCGGCUCGCAGCUGCGACGCUCCAAGGAGGAGCAGACGCCCGUCAAGCGACGCAUCGCCGCGCCCAAUCUGUCCAGCUCCAGCUCCGGCGAAAGCAACAGCAGCAGCGGCAGCGGCAGCAACUCCAGCAGCAGCAACUCCAGCAGCGGCAGCGACUCCGACAGCGACAGCGAGCCGGAGAAGCGCAAGACAGCGCCAGCUCCAGCUCCAGCAGCAGCAGCAGCCAUUACCUCCAGCUCCAGCUCCAGUGUGCCAAAGCGUUCGCCGCGCAAAUCUCUGGACAAACCAGCUGCUCCUCCUCCGCCUCCGCUGGCCAGCCGAACGCGUCAGAAUUCCACCAACAAAUCGCCAAAGAGAACGCCACAAAAGCCAGCGCAGCCCGCGCCUGCGCUCGAGCUGGUGACGCCGCCGCCGGCGCCGGCGCCUAAACCCGCAACGCAGCGCCGCAAAUCCUCGCUAGACGAUGCGUCACCGGCGCUGUCCAAACGUGCCACGCGCAAUUCCAAAUCGCGACCACCCUCGCCGGCGGCGGUAGUCAGCCUGCCGAAGCCGGCGCCGACGCCGACGCCCGACAAAUUGCCCAGCAAUCGGCGUAAAUCUCGCGCGGAAUCACCGAAGAAAACGCCGCCAAAUCUGGAGCAUGAGAUAGCGCAGCGCAAGGCGGCGACCGGCGGACGGGCCACGGGUGCGCUGGACAAGCUGCUCGACAAGAAGCAGCAGCAGCUCAACAAUGCCACGCUCGCGACCGCAACCGUGCCCGCGCCCGUUCCUUUGCCCACGACCACGCCCACAAUAACACGGGCUCCCACACCGAAGCGAAGUCCUCAACCGGAGCCGGCAGCGGAGGAGGAGCGUUUGGUCAGUAGUUUGCCGGAUGCGGCGCAGGAGGCCGGCGAGCAGCCCAUGGACAUUGACGAGGAGCUAACGACGGCGCCGACGCACACCCAGCUCUCGGCGAAUGCCAGCAAAUUGGCGGAACUCUCAGCGGACAUCGAUGAGCGACCGCCGGCGGCGCCGCUGCCCGCCUCGCCCACGCCGACGCCCUCCAACGAUGAGCUGAGCGACGACGACGAGGAGGCCGGCAGCGAUCGGAGCAGAUCGGACAGGCGACGCGCAAAUCGAUGGCACCGCCGACGAAGAAGACGGACGCGCGACGAGGAUGAGGAGGAGCAGGAGCAUACGCAUCACACCCAGCAUCUGCUCAACGAAAUGGAAAUGGCCCGCGAACUGGAGGAGGAGCGCAAAAAUGAGCUCCUGGCGAAUGCUAGCAAAUAUUCCGCAUCCACAUCCUCGCCAGCGGUUACCGUUAUACCACCAGAGCCGCCAGAGAUCAUUGAGCUGGACUCGAACUCGAAUUCUGGAGAGCAGCAGCAAUCGCAGCAGCAGCAGGCGCAGCAGGAGUCGCUGCUGCCGGUGAUUCCAUCGGUGCCAUCGGUUCCAUCGGUUCCAGCCACGCCCUCGUGCAGCGCCCUGGAGCUGGAUGCGGCACAUCAGCCGAUUGUGGACGCCAUCCUGGAGCUGGAGGACAGCAAGUACGCCAAUAGCUAUGUGUCCAGCUUGGCCAGCAGCGUGGCCAAUGUGCUCAAUCCGCCCAACUCGGGCCGCCUCACAAGUCUGCUCGGCACCAGCCUAAGCGGCGGCGGGAGCAGGCAGAUCUUCGAGGAGGACAGCACGCUGGCCACGCGCAAUCUGGUCGAGAAGCUGCGCAAGACGAAGCGCAAGGCGCAGCUGGACGAGUGCAAGGACACGAUGGACGACUUGCUGCCACCGACGCCGGCCAUUCCCUCCGUCUUUCCGUUUCACAAUGCCGCCGAUCCCGAGGAUCUGAUACACGCGCAAAAGGAGAUGCAGCAGGCGCAGCAGCAGGCGGCGCUACAGCAGAGCCUAAUCUUCGGCAACUCGGCGCCCAACUCGGUGGCCAGCCAGCUGACCAUCAAGGAUUCCCCGCUCACGGCCAACUCCGGCGGCAGCUAUGCCAACAGCUUGACAAAUACUCCAAAUGCCACGCCCACAACGAAUACGAACAAUCUGGGCGGCGGCUACAGCAGCGUUAACUAUCAGUCGGCGCAGGCGGCGCUCAGCUGUUAUCUGAACAAGACAUCGCCGCAGCUGCAGCAGAAGGGCAGUCAGGGAGCAGGAGGAGGAGGCGGAGCAGGAAUGGGAGGAGCAGCAAUGGGAGGAGCGCCGCAGUCCACGCCCGACUUUGUGGAUCUGGCGGCGGCAGCUGUCAAGAACAGCCUCAGCAGCAGCAGCUAUGCAGGAGCAGGAGCCGGCGCCGCUCUCCCGCCCGCCCAGAUCAACUCCAGCCUUUCCAGCGCAUCCAAUAAUUCCCAGGCGAACAACAACAACAACAACAACAACAAGCUGAGCGAUUACGAUGAGAACACGCGAAUGCAGUCGCCCUUUGGACGGAUGCAGCGCUGGAACGAGAACGAUCUGAUCGCGGCGAGACGCAGCAGCUCGCCCAGCUCCGUGUCCGAGUCGAACGAUCAACCGCCCAGCCUGGACAAGAGCUACUUCAAUAGCUACGCAACGGGGGGACCGGGAACGGGAGCAACUGGAAUUGGAGCAACUGCAGCAGGCAGCGGAAAUGGGAGUGGCAGUGGCAGUGGGAGUGGCGCCUUUGGCAGCCAUACGCCGCUCGUCAAUGGCAUCGAUGCCAUGUCCAUGUACAACAACCAGACGCAGCAGCAGCCAGCCAGACCCGUGCAGCAGACAACGACCACGCCCACCCAUCAGCAGCAGCAGCAGUCGCAAAGGACGCCCAAUAGCCAAUACAAUGGCGGCAUCUAUCCACAGCUGGCGGCCAUCAUCCAACAGCAGCAGCAGCAACAGUCGACGCCGUCGGAGACGCAAUCGAUUUACGGCAAUAGCUCGCAGCCGAGCACGCCGUAUGUGAGCACGCCCUAUGCCACGCCCAAUAUGACGCUAACGCCCAAUCAUCAGCAGUACCAGCUGACGCCGCCAUAUGCCGCCGCCCUGCUGCCCGCCAUGAUGCAGCAGCAGCAGCAGCAGCAACAACAACUGGAGCCAGUGCAGCUGGAGACGGUGCCCGUGCCAGUGCUGGCUCAGCCAAUGCCUCAACCCGCGCCCGCAGCUUUGCCCUUGCCGAGCAAGGAGCUCAUCUCGCCCACCAAACGCAGCAGCAGCAGCUCCUCCAAGCAGCAGCAGCAGCAGAAGAAGUCGCCGCAGCUGCCGCCGGGCAAGUCGCCCGGCAAAUCUCCUAGACAAGCCGCUGUCGCUGCGCUGCAGCCGCCGCCGCCGCCCGUACCUCUGCCCACGGCCACGCCCACGGCGCCGCCGGCGAAAUAUGAUCCACUGACGCACACGCUCGCCGGCAAGCUGCGACAGCGUGCGCCGCGAGGCAGCGCCAGCGGCUCAGCUGCAGCGGGCACACGCGGCGGACGUGGACGCGGACGCGGUCGCGGGCGGGGCAGCAGCUCAGCGAACGCGAUGCUGCCGCUGGCGCCGCCGAUGUCGGACUACGGCAGCAAUACGCACAUUGUCAACAAUCUGGUGGGCACGCCGUACGAGUUCAACAACUACGACGACGACGAGCUGAACGGCUCCGGCGUCGAGAAUCUGCAGUCGCUGCGGGAUCGCCGGCGCAGCUUCGAGCCCAGCACCAGCUACGCCAGCUGCAAGCUGCGCGGCCAGAACAAGACGACGACGACGGCAACGACGACGUCGACGACGUCGUCCGGGACGGCAUCAUCCGCGCCGCUGCUGCAGCCCGUGCUGCCCGGCCCGGUCGAUAUGCGCACCUACAAUCUGGGCUUUGAGGCGCCGCACAGCAGCGCCUCGCAGGAGGCCUAUCAGAACAAUCUGCUGGGCGCCUUCGACUCCGGCACCGCGGAUCAGACACUCAGCGAAUUCGACGAGGAGGACGAGCGACAGUUCCAGUCCGCGCUGCGGGCCACCGGCACCACCACCAGCAGCAGCAGCUCCAACAAUCACAACAACAACAACAAUAACAAUCACAAUGGCAACAAGGCAGCAGCGGGAGGAGUAGCUGGAGCAGGAGCUGGAGCAGGUGUCUCUGCCACGCCGAGCAGCCUGCUGCUCCACUCGAGCGAGGCCAACCAGGCGACGCUGCUCACGGAGCUGCUGCCCGCUGCUGCUGCUGCUGCGGCUGCUGCCGCGCUGGAGGCCUCGCUGGAGGCCACCUCGGAGGAGGUGUCCAUAGACUCGGAUACCACGACAAUGCUCAACACGAAGGCCUCCCUCUCGGAUGCGCGCAACCAGCUCAAGCUGAAGAUCAAAGGGCCGCUCGCCUAUCCGGAUCUGCACUACAGCAGCGUGACGCAAACGAGCUGCCAGCUGUCCACCGGAGUGGGCGGCGCCAGCAGCCUGGUGCAGACGCAGGUGCAGGUCCAGACGACGGUCACGGCCAGCACUGUGGCCAGCAGCGGAAGCAGCUCCUCGGCGGCGGCGCUCAGCGUGAGCGGCAAUUCGCGGCGCAUGCGCAAGAAGGAGUUGCUUAGCUUGUAUGUGGUGCAGAAGGAUACGCUGAACGAUGACAGCUCCUGCGGCUUGCCGGCGGCCUCCGAUAGCCUGCCGCUCGAGAAGCUCGACAAGCUGGACGAGGAGCAGCAGCAGCAGACGACAACGGGAUCGGGAUCGGGCGGCAAUGCGAAGCGCUUCAAGAAGAACUCCAGCAACAGGGAGCUGCGAGCUUUGGACGCCGCCAAUGCAAGCCUCGAGGAGCAGCAGGAGGGAGGCGGCGCUGCCGGAGCUGGUGCAGCUCCUGCUGCCGGCGAUGGCCGGCGGCGCAGCGCCUGCAGCUCGGGCAGCGCCACGGACAACGGCAAGACGGGCGCCGCCAGCAGCGCAGGCAAACGACGCGGACGCAGCAAAACGCUCGAGAGCAGCGAGGAUGAUCAUCACCAGGCGGCCGUGGCCGCUGCGGCGGCGGCGGCAGCUGCGGCGACGACGACGGCGCCCAAGCUGAAGAUCAAGAUACGCGGACUGCCCAGCGAGGCGCAGCAGGAGCUGGAGCGGAGCGGCGGCGGAAGCAGCUACAGCUACGAGAUGACGCGACGCACCUGUCCGCCCAAGAAGCGGCUGACGAGCAACUACAGCACGCCGACGCUGGAGGAGAUCAAGCGCGACUCGAUGAACUAUCGCAAGAAGGUGAUGCAGGACUUUGACAAGGGCGACGACAAUAGUAGCAACAGCAAGCGCGACCUGGCGGCGGCCGGCUCCAAUGAGAUCCAGCAGCAGCACACGGUCAAGCCCAAGAAGGACAAAAAGGACAAGACCAAGAAGGACAAGAAGGAGAAGAAGCGGCUCAAGCAGCAGCUGCUGCUCCAGCAACAGCAGCAACAAUUGUUCAGCAUGAACAGCUGCAGCGGCAAUAUCCUGACAAGCACCAUGACCACCACGCUGAUCGAGAACCGGCUCAGCGCCUCGCCCGGCGAGAAGCCCAAGCUAAUCCUGCGCAUCAACAAACGCAAGGCGGAGACAACCUCAAUUAGCCUCGACCAGCAGCAGCAAAAGAAGCCGCCGCCGGAGAAGCCGGAGCAGCAGAUGGAGGCGCCGCUGCGUCUGAAGAUCGCGCGCGUUUCCGCUGGCGGCGUCUAUGUCAUAGGCGCCAAAACGGAGUCCAAGGAGACACCCAAGGAGCCCGCUCCGGCCAGUUCGCCGGCGGAGCUGCCGCUGGUCGCCGCCUCGCCGCUGACCAACAACAGCAGCUUUACGCCGCACUCGCAGAACGCGAAUGCCUCGCCGGCGCGACUGGGCAAGGAUGCGAGCACGCCCUCGCCGCCCUGCCUGAUCAUCGAUUCCAGCAAGAGUGCCGAUGUGCACGAUUCCACCUCCUUGCCGGAAGCAGGAGGAGGAACUGGAGCAGGAGGAGUAGGGGGAGGGGGACCAGGAGCAGCAGCUGUUGCUGCAGUUGCUGUGGUGGGCGCUGCUCUGGGAUCGAGCUCGCCGCUGUGCGUCAAUGUGGGCAACUAUGAUAAUAGCAACAAUUCGUUGCCAUCGGCCAGCGGAUCCGGCUCCAGCAAUUCCUGCAACAGCAACUCGAACAACAACAACAACAAUAACAACAAUGGCAACAACAACAACAACAACAAUAGCAGCAGCAGCCGCGGCGGCGGCGGCGGCGCUUUACUUCCAUUGAAAAAAGACUGUGAGGUUAGAUGAUAAUCAUAAAGCCAGCCUACGACCAAGCUAUAUAUACGUAUAUAUCUAUAUAUAUAUAUAUAUAUAUAGAUAUAGAGAGAGAGAAACGAUCCAGAGUUCGUUCACUUCCAGCAGCAACAAAGUGUCCUAAAAGUAAAUCCAAAACCCAAAACAAUUACUCAGUGUAAACCCCAUUUUCCUGCCCCCUCCCCUUUGAGAAGAUUUUGUAAAGAAAAGCACACCACCCGACCUUGUACAGUUAGUUUGUAAGUGCAAAACCUAACCUAUCAAAAAACAAAUCUAUACCUAACCUAUAAAAAUCGAAAUCGAAACCUAACCUAUAAAAACGCGAAACCUAACCCUACUUUUACAGCCAGCGCGCCCCGUUUUUGUUGUGCACACACACAAAAGAUAUUAGCUAUAUAGUGCUAUAUACUAUAUAUACACGUAUUUAACGAACUACAACAACAACAAAUACUAAAUCGUAAUUGUACAUUUUAAAGCGAAUUUUAUAUAUAUACACACACAUAUAUAUAUAGAUAUAUAUAGAACUGUAGACUAGACUAUGUAAAAUACUGUAUUAAAGUUAAACAACAAACGGAAUUCGCAAUUAUGUUUAGCCUAAAUAUCAGAGAGUUAAUGAGGAGAAAAGUAAAAUGCUCGGUUUAUUUAACGCGUUGCGUUAUUCUAGUUAACCCACUUCCAUAAAAUACCUACUCAUAAAAGCUAAAAUAUAUAUACAAAUAUAUAUAUGAUCACACACACAUAUAUAUUUUAAUUAUUUAUUAAUAACUAUUACAAAAAAAAAAACGAACGAAUGAAUGACAAACAACAAAUGCGAAAUGCAUAAUAAUAAACCAUAAAACGUAGCAGAAAAUUUGUUUAAAAAAAAGAAAACUGAAAGAAAAUCGACAAAAAAAAUCGAAAAAAAAAAAUCGGAAAAAAAGAAAGAAGAGAAGAAAAAAACACUUAAAGUUGUAGCCUGUAGUCAUUAAUUGUAGUUCUUAGCGAAAAUCAAAGUCGGCUGCCAAUGUGUGGGGGAGGGGGGGAGGGGGGGAGGCGUGGCCGCAACUAAGUGCAUAUAUAAAAAGCGAACAGCAACAUAACCUAGAAAUUAAUAAAAAAAAAAACACUUUUGAAUUGUAAUUCCCAAGCGCGUGGAAAUGUUUGUAUUUUUAGCGUCUAAGUGUAAACGUGUCGAAACUCCAAAAAAAAAAAAUGAGAAAAGCAAAUUAUUUUAUGGUUAUUGUUUUAUAUUUUAUUAUCAAUUUUCGAAAUUGCAAAACACAUUUUCUAAAGACAAAAGCACACACGAUCAUAUUACUAUAUAUUGUAUACAUAUAUAUAUAUGUAUAUAUAUGUUAUAUAGAUUUUAAGACUAUGCUCGAUGUGCUGCGCAUUCCAGUUCCAGACGACAAAUGCCUCAAAUGCCUGAAAAACUAUAAACAAAACAAUUUUUUUUCCAAAACCCAAUCCAAACAAAUUUCAAGCACAUCGCGCUAAUGUCUACUAUAUACAUGCAUAUAUAUAUAUACAUAUAUAUAUGUAUAUAUUUAUGUAUAGAGCCAAGUUCAGAGUUUAUUUAACACGACAAACUAUUAAACAUAGAGAAAAAGUAAAUAUACACAAACAAACAAAAAUAUAUAUUCCAAUUAUAUUCAGAGCAAAAAUAAAAUAAAUUGUAAUUUUUAGAAAUAUUCGGGAGAUUUACGUAUAUAACUGUAUAUAAUUGUGUGUGUGCGAGUGUGCGUGUGCGUGUAUGCGUGUGUGUGUGCGAGAAAUGUUUUUUAAAAUUAUUAUUACGUUCUAACCUAAUUAUUAAUUAAUACUGAUUAUUAAUUUUAAUUGUAGUUUUUAGCAAAAAUUUAAAUAAAAAAAAAAAACAAAGCCUUAUUUAAAAA